UACUGAACAACUCUGAAAAUAAUUCUUUUGGAGAAAAUAGAGAGAUGCAAAAUGUAAAGUAUUCAUACGACUCUUCCUUCACUUCUGUGAGUGAGGACAUUUCAGGCCAAACAAAUAGUACAAAAAGCAAACAUUCAAAACUCAAUUCACUAAGUGACAGCACUGUUACGAAAAUAAUAGAUGCAGCUCUUAAAAAAGGACAAAUUUCCAUAGCAGCUUAUUGUAAGUAUGCGAAGUUGAUCCAGGAAGAAGCAAUGCGUGCACAUGAGCAGGACAUUCUUCUGGACACAACAGAGCAGGCACUCCUUGAUCGAUUCAAGACUGACAUGAUGUCACUUGAAACAAACAAAAGACAGUUGAAGCAGUGUGGCAAAGAAAACCUCGUCCCAUCUGUUAAAAAAAAGCAGCGAGCCCUUGUUCUGAAACUCGAGCAUGACAGAGAAGAGAUAAAAAGGUUGCGAAAUAUGUACAUGGAAGCAUCUAAGGAAUGGAGAAAUCUGCUCUUGCAACACCUAAAUCUUGCCAGAUGUAAUGUGACAGACAACAAAACCUUGGGAACACCGCUACAAGAAAGAGCACUGACAACAGCAACAAGCAUCAGCACAGAGCCAGGAAACCCCAUGAACUCAGAAACAAAGAAAUCUGUUGUUCCCAGUACUUCACCUGUGCAGACAGAAGUCUCUUCAAGCAUACAAACAGAAUUGUCACAACAUUCAGCUCAAAGUACAAGAUCAGUGGGUUCAGGUUCCUGGAGUUCCAACCAAAAGAAAGAAAAUUCUCCAGUUCAAAGCAGUGUAGAUGCUUGUACAGAUUUAACAAAAACUGAAACAGCUGCUCAGACAAAUUCAGCUGAAAGUAGACACAGUCUUCUUCCAAGCAAGAGAUUAUGGUCUCAUGAUGAAAUAUCCAACUGGGAACAGUCACCAGGUGAAGAUAAAACGAGAGUAAGGCCAUUCAGAUAUCACAGAGAUCACAGUAUUUCCCCAAUGAGAGUGCUGAAAACUGAGAAGCAGAACAUAAAUCUGAGUGGAAGUGCUGAUUUUCUCCACAUGGAAAAUAAUUCUGCAACCACUUGCUUUGAUAGAGACUUUAUUUCAGGGAAAAACAGUUCUUCUGCGAGGGCAGUGCCAGUCAAAGGAAGCAACAACAAAAACAGUUCUGCUUCUCAGGAAACUGCACAAACAGUUUCUUCUGCAGAGGUACUGUGCAAGGGCAGUGAUGCCAGUAUUCGGAUGUCUGUAUCUCCACAAAGUGGUAUGAGGAGGCAGUCAAGUGGCUCUGAUGAAUCCAUUAUGUUAUCACAAGGUGACACACCAUCAGAGCAAAGCGAUCUGGAGGGCCGAGUUUGUGCUUUAAGAGAGCAGCUAAGAAGACGUGAACUGGAAGCUGAGCAAUUAAAGAAACUGCAGAGGAAGAAAGCUCGUAGGGAGGAACUGAAAGCUACGGAGCAGUCUUUACUGAAACAGAUACAGGCGCUUGAUUCAUACAUCAAUCGAAUAAAGGAACAACUGAAGCAAAAUUUCAACACAUCCCCCUUACUUGCUGUCAAACCUAAGAUAAAACAGCCCCGUGUCCAGACUGAACAAAUCUCCAAGCAUAUUUUGGGUAGAACUAAGGAAAAGUCAGAACCAUGUAAACAGACUGAACGAAAAUCCAACCAGGUGUUGGACAAAGUUGAAUAUGAAUCCCCACUAGAUGAUAGUUCUCAAAAGUCAAUAUCAAAUGGCCUAAGCACUGAGAUUCCAACUGUGAUUUCAGAACAGACAGCUAACUCUGUAAAAUUUCUGCCAGAAGACACUAAUAGCAUCACAUUCAGGGAAGCACACACUUCUGAAGAUGAUAACCAUCAGGAUGAUAUUGUUUCUGUCUCAGGCUCUUAUGAGAGGACAGAGGGUCCUGACUCCACUGAAGAUUAUAUAUCUCAAGAGAAAAAUAGCUACUCCAAGAACAAGAAUGCCAUUAUAAAGACAUCUUCCAUGAAGGAAAUCAGUUCCAUAAGCUCAGAACAGCAAUGUUCAGGUUAUGUAAAACACACAAAAAGUGAGCAGUCUUUUUCAGCAAGAGAGUUGAAUGAUGGAGAGUCCAUAAUUCCUACCAUGCUUGCCUCAGGCGAUGAUUUUGUUGAAGAAGACAGAGAGAUUUCUGAAAUUUUGGUGAACAGCACUUUUGAUAUGAUUAAUGCAGAAGUUUCAUCAACACAGCAAUAUAAGGGUUCUAAAAAUGACUACACACAAGAGUCUUGUGUUUCCUCAUCCUUCAAGCCUCUUGAGAACUCAUCUGAAGCUAAGUCAAAUAACUUGUUCUCAGAGAGGUCAGACAGUUCUCUCAAUAAUGUUGUCCCCCACAGGACUGUCUCAAAAUCAUGUACAUCAGCUACUAUAAAUGAAGAAUUAUCUGAAAUUGAAGAGACAUCCGUGAGUGUGCAACAGAUAUCAGACACCACAGAAGUGCAGAAAACUCCAUCAGCUGAUAGUAUACAACAUGAAAUUUCAGCAAAAUCGGACUUAGAAUCUGAGAAUGUAGUAAAUGUCACAGAUUUAGUGUGUGCACCACAAAAUGUAGGUGAUACAUUCUGUAUCGUUACAUCUGACAUAAAAGCAAUGAAUGCAUCACCUAGUAUUUUGGCAGCUGGAGAAGAAAAAAGAGAGGAUUCUACACAGGAACUGCUAUUAUCUACAGAAAGUAGGGAUCAACCAUCAGAGAAAGAACUAUCUGAGGAGUCUGUAUUGAAUGUCUAUUCACAUACCAAUCAGGGCAGAGAUGGGAUAGAGUUCUGCCACAGUGCAGAUGAUAGCAUCUGCACGGAGAGCCAUCCUAUGUCUGUGCAGUUGAGCUCAACAUUUGUUGUUGAGCAUGAGGAGCAUACACCAGAAGCCCAAACAGUAGAGCAGUCUAAAAUAACUGUUGGCUCUGAAAAGAAUGAGAACAGGAUGCAAAAACUAAAGCUUGUUGACAGCAUUACUGAAUCAAUAAUGCUGCAACUUCUGAAGGACUCAUUUGUAUCACCUGACAUUAAACUGAAAGAAUGCGGAGAAGUACCAGACGGUAAUGCAUCAAGAGAAACAGUUUUAUCAUAUGCUCAUAAAUUCAGUGAGACCACCAAGCCAGAGGUUGGUGUAAUAAGUGAAAUUCAAUGUGAUUCAAGAACUGUUAUCCUAGAUGAAGCUGAGAAGCAAGAGAAUCUUGUCAUUGAAAAAGAACCUCACACAAUAAAUGAUAUCUGCAUUGGUAAUACUACUUUCAUCAUUGAUGAGACUAGUAAGUCUGAGAAAAAUACUUCAGUACUGGUGGAUGAGAUGCUAAAUCACUUUCUGGAAAAUGCUACCAGUGAUGUACUUACCAUAUACAAUGCAAAAAUAUCAAACUCUGACAGACUGUGUGUGCCUUCUGAAGAUUCUAAACAAAGCCCAUCUAUCGAAAUAUUGGAAUCACGCGAUAAUAGUGAUCUUAGUCCACCAGAGCGUGAUGCUAUUUGCAAGCCCGCAGAAAUUAUAAAUUUCACAUUGAAAAAUAAUAAUACCCAUCUCUCAGUUGAUGAUGUGAUAAAUAAUGAUGUAGUGAAAGACUCAUUUCACAACUCGAAAAAAAUUAAUGUUAUAGAAAAUGAAAUGCAAGAUAUGAUAUCAUUUACUUCCCCUGAUAGUAGAAAAGUUCAAGAACUUUCUGUGGAAGAUGUAUUGAAGCCUUUUUCGGAAAAUUCUACUUGUGAGAAAUUGAUGACCAGAACUGAUCGCGAACAACCACAUGAAAACAGAAGUGAUGAUGUCUCUUCAGGAAGCCUCAUUACAGAUGAGGGCGACAGUCUACUGCACCAUGGACUUACAACAGCAGAUGAAGUGGUGAUGUCUGAGGAACAUCUGGCAAAUGGCUGUAAGUCAAAAGGUGGUACCCAAAAUGGAAAUAAGUUGAAGGACAUCAGUCAUCUCCAAAAGGUGGAGGUAAGGGGCAAACAGACACUCAACAAUGAGACCUUUCCUCCAGGCUGGUUUGAUGAAGACUUGGAUCUCAGCAACAGCUGGCGUGAAGCUGAGCAAUUACGUUUGCAACAGCUUCACAUUGAGCAAGAGAUACGACGGUUGGAAGAACAGCAGCAUCAGCAACAAGCACUGGUUCUGGUCCGUGAAAUUCCAGACAAGCCUCCACCACCGUACACACCACGUGGUACCACACUGCUGUCAUCUUCAGUGCUUUGUCCGCCACCAGCAAUUGGUGCUUCAGCACCCCGUCACCGUCUUAUAGAACUCGUGGCUGAGGCAACUCCACUGCUCAUUUCCACUGGUACACUGCCCGUGCUGCCUCCGGAAGACUUUUGUACCGGCUACAAUCCUUCCAUCCGCAAGUUCAUCUUUGACCUCGGUAGCAGUCUUGUCCAUGAGGCUGUCAGUGUCCCGUGUACAGAUGAUGAGUAUGGUGAAGAGACUCCUCGACAACAGAUGACAGUGAAGCGAAGUCAGGAAGCAGUGCGAGCACACGUGACACGGAGGGCAACAGCCCUUCUAGAUGGUAGUGCUGGUGCAGGAUCAGGCUCUGCUGGCAAACUCAGGCGCUUGGCUGUAGGACCACGAUGGCGACGACGUGACCAUGUUGAUGAGUUGCUUGUGCGUGAGGCACGUGACGAAGAACCUGGUUGGAUUGACUACCGGCGUGAUGAAGCACAGCUGCGCAAUGAGACAGCAUGUGCAUUGCUGCAUGAUUUGCUCGAUGAUACUGUGACUGCUAUUACAACGGCCAUUGCAAGACGCAUGGCUCCCAAGACAACAGGUGUGAUGUGAUUGUCAUCAUCUUACGUGGGACUUCUGCCACUAACUUGCUGCAGAUAUUCUCCAAAGUUCCGGCACAUUGAAAAGUGAAGACCAUAAAGAUACUGGAACCUUUUCUUUCUCCAGGAACAUGACUUCAGUGUGCUCUAAUUUGAUGGUAUAGUUUAAAAAUGUUUUAUGGCACAUUCACAGGUUGUCAUUUAUUGUAUAAGGCAGUUGCUCAGCAUACCCGUCCACUCUAUUUGAAUUCCAUGAAGCAAGCUUUAAGACACAGCUAAUUCCACAAUACUCAGGUGCACAUGUGAGACUGAUUUUAUUUUUUUACCUAAUUUAUCAAGACAUUUUAAUAAAUUCUCAGAUUACUUAGCAAAAUUUUGGUGUUGAACUGGACAGCUUUAAGUUUAUAGGAAUAAACAGAGUGAAAUUUGUACUUAAAUGCAGGAAAAGCAACUGGAACUCCAUUGUCAGUAUAAACUUGUGUGUGUGUGUGUGUGUGUGUGUGUGUGUGUGUGUGUGUGUGUGCGUGCGCGUGUGUGUGUGCGCGCGCGCUCUUGCGUGCACGUGUUUUUUCAUAUUUUUGUUAAGUAACUGUUGGUGCCUCGGAGUGCAAUUAGUUGCCGUUUUAUUCGUCUUUAUUUAUUUAAAUAUCUGAUUUGAACUUGUUAAUUGAUUAAGUUAUUUUAAUUAUUCAUUUUGUUAAUGAAAUUAUUCUUCACUCAGACUAUUCCAAGGAACAAAUUAAACUGAGUUUUAUUUAAUUCUGUGGGGUUAUAUUGUAUACAGUAAAUGUGUAAUAUAGGACACGUCAAAAACAGAAAACAUUCAUUAGCAUUAUUUCCUAAGGAGCAACCAUUUUGAUUACAAAGUCUAACAUCAUUGAUUAUAAAGAACAGAGACAUAAACAUCAUUUAAAAUAAAAAUAAGUCUUUCAAGAAUAGAAAGCUCCAUAGGAAUCUGAAGUGAAUAAAAAGUUCAUAUCAUUAUGACUAGUAAUAAAUAGUUAUGAUUUAACCAAUGAGAAAAAGAAAAAAGCAUAUACACACUUUUUGUUGUUAGUUGUAUAUGAGAUCUUUUACUUUGUGAAAUUUUUGUUUACUCAUGCUUCUGAAUGAACCUUCUGUGUCCCCACUUUCUCAACUCUGGUUCCUUUCUAUUUUUCUUACUUGACAUUUUUCAUUUGAAAUUUCUAGGUGGAUGUUGCAUGUUCUUGACGUCGGUCUGACAGUAAUUGUGUGUUUAGCUUAGAUAACGUAAUGUGUCUUACCUAUGUUUUGCAAAGAGUGUUAAGCAAUAUAUUUGCCAUAACUCUGUCUUUAUUUAUAUUAUCUGUUUCCAUUUUUGACAAUGCUGAUAACAUUUGUUAAACAACAAUUGACACAACCACAGACAUUAUCUAAAAUUAAAUUGUAUUUCAGAUACUAAAUGAUGGAACAUUAUGUAUCAUACCAAACUAUGAUUAUAGAUUUAUAUUUUCAUAGUAAUGUUUAUUCCAGAAAAGUGUAAGCAGUUGUAAUAAUCUUUGUAAAAUACAAUGUUUUUAUAGUGUUAAUACCAUGAACAGAUUGUAAAAAUGUUAUUUUCAUGUACAGUUUUUGAUAAUAAAUUAUAAAAUAAAC